AUGUCCUCCGAUUCCAGGCGGACUCCGUCCUCGUUGCAGUUUGUCUUAGCGGCCGCCAUCGGCGAGUAUUCAUGCUCGUGUAUCCAUCCGCUGCCUGAGCUGAUGCACAACUUUCCCAACAACGUUCUCGUUGCGAACGAGCGAGUCAAUCAAAAGAACCUGGCCGCGGAGGCAGACAACGCGGAAAUUUACCUCGCAGCGUGUGCAGCUCAUCUCGCAGUUGCGAGCCCGACCAACAUCGAUAUCGACUUGACGCCUCCGCCUCCGCCUAGCGCUGCCCUCGACCCUGUAUGCCUUACACCCCAGAAACGAGAGGUGCGGAUAGAGGGGCAAGAAAAGCUGCAAAGGCGAGGUACGCACGCGCAGCCGUGGCAACCGCAAGACACCAACGGCCUUUCGCACCCGCCUCCCAUACCCAACAGGGGUUCGCCCGCUCCCAGGAUCGCCGCUGGAUUACCCCUUGACCAUCGAUGA